AUGCUCGAUCUCAGUGAAGCUGUCGCAUACCCCACAGGAUUUUUCAAACCUCAGGCUCAGGCGUCAACCUCAUCGCGCAUGGCAUUAUGUAAAAAAAUGCUGCAAAUCAGAAUGCUGUUGAGAUCUAGAUGUUUCAGGGAGAGUGACGCUGCUUUGGGGCCGUCGUACAUCCAGCUAUCCAUCGGAACCAAAUCAAACCUGUUCAAACGACGAUAG